AUGUCUGAUUCUUCACUUGCAGGAACAAAUACAGCAGCGACAUCUGAUAUUUCUACAUUCGUAGCAGAAAAAGGAAAUAAUAAUAAAGCAGAAUUAUUGUCGUCAAUACUAAAGACACAAAGAUUUUUAAAAGAAUGUGGUUAUAAAAAAGCAAUUAUCGAUGAAUCUAGCAUAUUAUUAGAAUUGCCAAACAAUCAUAAAUUUCAGGUACAAGUCGUUGAUAUAGAUCACAAUAAAGAUAAUAUUGAUGAUAAUGAUGGUGAAGUAACAGAAGAUGAUGUUUAUCACUACGGUUAUGAAAGUGAUAAAACAAUUGAUAUUAUUGAGGAUGAGGAGGAUGAAAAGGAUGAGGAAAUACAAGAUCAGUUAAUCCAUAACUAUGGUGGAGAAAAGGUAGUUCCUGAUGAGGAUUAUGUAUUGCAGAUUUGA